AUGGCGCUGCCCCCGGCCGCCGCGCCCCCCGCCGGCGCCCGGGAGCCGCCGGGGCCCCGCGCCGCCGCCCCUGCCGCCGCGCCGCCGGCCGGCCUGCAGCAGCGGUCGGCGCUGCGGCCCGAGCCGGGCGGGGUCCCGCUGCACUCGCCCUGGACCUUCUGGCUCGACAGAUCCCUCCCUGGUGCCACAGCAGCUGAGUGCGCAUCAAAUCUGAAGAAAAUCUACACAGUACAAACCGUACAGAUAUUCUGGAGUGUGUACAAUAAUAUUCCUCCUGUGACUAGCCUGCCUUUGAGAUGCAGUUAUCAUUUAAUGAGAGGAGAGAGGCGACCACUCUGGGAAGAGGAGAGUAAUGCUAAGGGUGGCGUGUGGAAGAUGAAAGUCCCCAAGGACAGCACGUCCACAGUUUGGAAAGAGUUGCUGUUAGCGACUAUCGGGGAACAGUUCACAGACUGUGCCGCCGCAGAUGAUGAAGUAAUAGGCGUUAGUGUCAGCGUCCGGGACCGAGAAGAUGUCGUCCAAGUCUGGAAUGUAAAUGCCGCGUUAGUCGGUGAAGCCACCGUUUUAGAAAAGAUCUAUGAACUCCUGCCCCACAUAUCUUUUAAAGCAGUAUUUUAUAAACCCCAUGAAGAGCAUCAUGCUUUUGAAGGUGGACGUGGAAAACACUAAUUGCACUCUGUAAAGAAUUCUUUGUCCUUUGCUGAUUGGUUUUGGAAACGGUCUUAACAGGAGGGAGAGUGAAGAGGAGACCUGCCGGAGCCCGAUGCUGGUUCAUUUAGAGUGGGUUUCUGCCCCUGCAGAUUGAGCAAUUAGGACUCAAAGUGGCAGGUGGGGAGGGGGGGAGAUUGUGUGGGUUUUUACUGUCACAUUACUUGCUUUUCUUUCUUUUUAUUUUUGGCUUUAUGAAUUCUCUGUUCUUUUCUCUCCAGUUUUUUUUUUUCUCUCUUUUAAAUUCCUCAUUCAGUCUAAUUAUUGUUUUCUAUACUCCCCUUUCAUUGAGGCACAAGAAAUCGGUUUCCCUUUAAGUAGCUGUGCUGUACCUAGUUAAUGAGAAUAUGCAUAAUCGUGACAAUACUGCUUUUGAAAACCACACUGUCCUCCGAGGAACACUAGCUUGGUGAAACCUGUCUUUUGAUUAUUUGUUGUGACACAUUCCUACAUACUCUGCACUGGGCAUUGUUUUUUUUUGCUAUCCCAGGGAAAAGAAAAACCUUACUUAAUCUGAUUUUGCACUGACAGCACCCACAUCUUUUAUUUUUCCUUUUUAAUAAUUUUUUUGUUAGAAAUGAAAGGAAAAUAAUAGUUGGGUUGCCAAACAUGAAAACUAUAAUCACAGUUGAGUAUCAGGAUAUAUAUCAAACUGUAAAUCUUUGGACCUUCUGUGGAAGUAUUUUCCAACCAGAAUUUCAAUUUGGCCUUUUGAAAAGAAGGCCUAGAGUGGUAGCAAAGGAUUCGUCUCAGUAGGAAACCUUGUAAUUUUUGAUUUAAAGAGAAGGUGAUAUUUUAAUUGUUUGAACUAACCUUCUUCUGAAUUUUGGGUGUGUGUACCCAUUUAGGGCUCUCCAAAUCAAUUCAGACACAUUUUGUUAAAUGAUCCCAUUUCCCUGUUCAUGUUGUGUGUCGUUUCCAAUAAUCAAUCAUCCUCUAGCCUGGGCAACUUUCCCCUGCCUUUUUCAUUUAGGAGCAGAAGUUAAAUCUCAUUUCCAAGAUGAAUGUGAACAUUCACAAAGUUGAACUCUGAAUGCAUUUUGUUCACAUUAAUUUUUGGAAUUGUUGAGAUACAUCGUAUUAUGUUACCAAAUAAAUACAUUUUAAUAGAAGGAAAUGACCACCCUCUGGAACACUCAGAAUGUUCCCAUUUCCCUCCCUGCACUCUGCCAGGCCUCCUACUACAUCUACCUGAAAAAGGCAGGGCCAUUUAGAAAGGCUGCCUCCUGCCAGCUUUUUUUCUGGAGUCAGGGGAGCUAGGGCAUGCUUAUACAUCUCACAGAAGGGCAGUGAACUCCAGAUUUCCUUUCACCCAGGAUUUUUAAUUCCUCUUGCAUUAUUGACCAGCAGAGAGAGGUGGGGCUUCUUCCAACCCCCAACCUGAGUUUGUAAAUAAAAUUCUCCAUUUAAACACUUUAAAGGACUUCAAACAACAUCUCUUUACAAUCAUUGUACCCUUCACUUGCAUUACUAACCACAUCAACCAUAAUAAAAAAAAUGAUCAUGGCUUUUUUUUAAUGCUUUGUUUCUAAACUUGAGUUUCUCCAGUGAUUUCAAAAUGAGGUAUAAGGAUAUCAGACCCAUUUUCAAAAGCCUGGAACUUGUUCUUUUUAAACAUUGUACCAACAUCCAACUUGUUUUUAAAUUAUUGAUCAAGAAUUGAAAAAAAUUUUCUGGGCAUGAGUUUAAAUUCUCUUUUAUACUAUAAGUAUUUUUUCUGGUAGAUUAGAA